UUCGUCCCAGGUACGGAUCGCAUCGCCUAGAAUGGAUCAUUCCAGAAGUGCUUCGGUGCUGCUCAUCUCGUUGCUGGUGCUACAGCUAGGACACAGAUCGGUUCACACCAAGAACGUUCCUGGUGCGGGCGGCCAGAAAGAGUUCCCCCUGACGCUGAUCCACAUCAACGAUCUGCACGCGCGGUUCGACGAAACCAACCUGAAAUCGGCGGCCUGUGAGAAUCGGGAUGAGUGCAUUGCCGGUGUGGCUCGGGUGUACCACACGAUCAAGCAACUGAAGCAAGAGUACAGUGACCGGAACCCACUCUACCUGAACGCGGGCGACAACUUCCAGGGCACGCUCUGGUACACGCUGCUCCGCUGGAAUGUUACGGCGCAACUGAUCAAGCUGCUGCCUCCGGAUGCGAUGACUCUCGGCAAUCACGAGUUCGACCAUAGGCCCGAGGGUCUGGCGCCCUACCUGAAGGAACUGCAGGCCAUCGGUAUUCCGACCAUUGUGGCCAACCUCGAAAAGAACGGCGAACCGGCACUCGAAGGCGUGAGCAUUCCCCGUAGCAUCGUGCGGGACGUGAAGGAGCGGAAGGUGGGCGUGAUCGGAGCCCUGUACGACAAAACGCACAAUGUAUCCCCAACGGGGAAGGUAACGUUCACGAAUGCCGUCGAAGCGAUCCGAAAGGAAGCGCAGCAACUAAAAUCCCAGGGUGUGGGCAUCGUAGUCGUGCUGUCACAUCUCGGUCUGGACGGUGACAAGCAGUUGGCCCAGGAAGCCGGGGAGCUCCUGGACGUGAUCGUGGGAGCCCACUCGCACUCGCUGCUCCUCAACCAGUCGGCCAACACUCCGUACGAUCGGGUCAACGAUAAGGUCGAAGAAAGCUAUCCGGUCGUCGUCGAUAAGGGCAACAAUCAUAAGGUGCUGAUAACGCAAGCCCGUUCGUACGGUAAGUACGUGGGCCGAUUGACGGUGUACUUCGACGAGCAGGGCGAGGUCCAGCGAUGGGAGGGCCAUCCCAUCUACAUGACGCACGACAUCGCGCAGGAUGAGGCAGCUGUGCAGGCGCUAAAGCCGUGGCGGGAUGAAGUCACGCGUCUGGGGAACGAGAAGAUCGGCAAAACGGAGGUUCUGCUGGAUCAUGCAUCGUGCCGGUGGUGCGAGUGUACGCUCGGUAGCUUGGUGGCCGAUUCGUUCGUCGCAAACUAUACGAACACGGAGCGCCCCCUGGUUAUCGGUGUCGUGCUGGCGGGUACUUUCCGGAACCCGAUCAGCAAGGGAGACAUCACGAACGGGCUGGCGAUCGAGGCAUCCCCGUACGGCUCAUCGGCGGACCUGGUGAAGCUGAGCGGCAAGGACCUUCGGCAGGCCAUCGAGCAGUCGCUAACGCUCGACGACGAGUUUCGUUACAACACCAUGCAGGUGUCCGGGCUGACGGUAGAGAUUGACCUAACGCAGAAGCCCCUCCAGCGCGUCAAGAGUAUCAAGUUGGCCCAGACGAAAGCCUCGCUCGACGACGCGGAAGAGUACUACGUGGCCACCACUUCCUAUCUGGCCGACGGUCGGAACGGCUUCACGAUGAUGAAGCAUGCCAAGGAGCGCACGACGGGACCACUCGACUCGGAUGUACUGAUCCACUACAUUCACGAGAAACAGACCAUCACGAAGGACAUGUUCGCGGAACCGCGCGUUAUCGUAACGCACCACACGAACGGUACCUGCACGAGGAAUUUCGAUCGGGAAAGCUUUACGAAAGGUUAGUAAGUGGAUAAAGAGAAAAUAAAAGCAAAUGGGGAAACCAUAUUAGGUUUCA